AUGUACGGUACUGCGACUGGCCCUCAGACGGGCAUCUCUACUCCUCGAUCCAGUGCCUCUUUGCGACCCUUGACUCUCUCUCACGGCUCUCUCGAAACCUCCUUUCUCGUUCCAACCAACCUCCACUUCCACGCCUCCGAACUGAAAGAUCGGUUUGUUGCCAGCCUACCUCCGGCAACCGACGAGCUCGCUCAAGAUGACGAGCCUUCAUCGACACCCGAGCUAGUGGCUAGAUAUCUGGGCUUUGUUGCCUCCGAGGUGGAGGAGGGAGAGGAUGAUGCGGCGGGAUCCUACGAGGAGGUCCUCAAGCUGCUGCUCAACGAGUUCGAGCGAGCUUACCUCCAGGGCAACGAAGUCCACGCUCUGGCCGCCACUUUGCCUGGAAUCGAGUCAAAAAAGCUCGAGGUCAUUCGAUGCUACUACAUUGCUCGCGCCGUCUCAAACCGCACUAUCAAGCCUCAUGAGUCUGCUCUGUUGAGGGCUGCUGACGACAACUCGGCCAAGAUCUACACCAUCUUUGGCGGCCAGGGCAACAUUGAGGAGUACUUUGACGAGCUUCGCCAAAUCUCCAAGACGUACUCAAGCUUCGUCGGAGAGCUCAUUGCAAAUGCUGCCGAGCUUCUUCAGACUCUCUCUAACCACCCCAGCGCGGAGAAGAUGUUCCCCAAGGGGCUCGAUAUCCUGCAAUGGCUACACAGACCAGAGGCUACCCCAGACGUUGACUACCUCAUCACUGCACCCGUCAGCUUUCCCUUGAUUGGGCUGGUUCAGAUGGCGCACUACGAAGUUACCUGCAAGGUCCUGGGUAUUCACCCUGGUCUUCUGAGGGAGCGAAUCGGCGGAACCACUGGUCACUCCCAGGGUAUUGUCAUGGCUGCUGCUACCGCAGCGGCUGACUCUUGGGAUUCUUGGCGCGAGAUCACCAGUUCUAUCCUGACCGUUCUGUUCUGGAUUGGAACCCGAAGCCAGCAGGCUUUCCCCACCACAUCCAUGACCCCAACCAUGCUUCGAGAGUCUCAGGAGCACGGUGAAGGUACUCCUACUCCCAUGCUGAGCAUCCGUGACCUGUCUCAAGAGGAGGUUCAGAAGCACAUUGAUGCCACAAACCAAUACCUUCCAGCCCACCGUCAUAUCGGUGUCUCUCUCAUCAACAGCCCUCGCAACCUGGUUGUUACGGGUCCUCCUACCUCAUUGUAUGGUCUGAACUCUCAGCUUCGCAAGGUUAAGGCCCCGACUGGUCUCGACCAGACCCGAGUUCCUCACACCGAGCGAAAGGUUCGAUUUGCCAACAGAUUCCUUCCCAUCACAGCCCCCUUCCACAGCAAGUACCUGGAGGAUGCCACCAUCAUCAUCGAUGAAGAUCUGAAGGAUGUUAGCAUCGACUCCAGUGCCUUGGGCAUCCCGGUCUAUGACACUAAUACCGGUAAGGAUAUCCGUACCGAAGUCAGCGGCAACAUCGUGCCAGCCCUGGUUCGAUUAAUCACACGGGAUCCUGUCAACUGGGAGAAGGCAACCGUCUUCCCACAGGCUACUCACAUCUUGGACUUUGGUCCUGGAGGUGUUUCUGGUCUUGGAGCCCUGACGAGCCGAAACAAGGAGGGUACUGGCAUCCGAGUCAUCCUUGCCGGAACCAUCGAGGGCACUAUGGGCGAACUCGGAUACAAGCCCGAGAUCUUCGAUAGAGACGAGGAGAAUGCCGUCAAGUUUGCCAUCAACUGGGUAAAGGAAUACGGCCCACGUCUGAUUAAGACUUCUGGCGGCCGAAAGUACGUUGACACCAAGAUGAGUCGUCUGCUUGGUCUGCCUCCCGUCAUGGUUGCCGGUAUGACUCCUGCAACUGUCCCGUGGGACUUUGUUGCGGCUACCAUGAACGCCGGAUACCACAUCGAGCUUGCUGGUGGUGGCUACUUCAAUGCCAAGAUGAUGACUGCCGCACUCGAGAAGAUCGAAAAGGCCAUCCCUGCGGGCCGUGGUAUUACUGUCAACCUCAUUUAUGUCAACCCUCGCGCAAUGGGCUGGCAGAUCCCCCUCCUUGGCAGACUUCGUGCUGAAGGUGUGCCGAUUGAGGGAUUGACAAUCGGUGCCGGUGUGCCCUCGAUCGAGGUUGCCCAGGAAUACAUCGAGACUUUGGGCCUGAAGCACAUCGCAUUCAAGCCCGGUUCGGUCGAGGCCAUUCAGGCCGUCAUCAACAUUGCCAAGGCUAACCCUACCUUCCCUGUCAUUAUGCAGUGGACUGGUGGUCGUGGCGGUGGUCACCACUCUUUCGAGGAUUUCCACCAGCCUGUUCUGCAGAUGUAUGGCCGAAUCCGACGACAGGAGAACAUCAUCCUGGUUGCCGGCAGUGGCUUUGGCGGUGCCGAUGACACCUACCCAUACAUCACUGGUGAGUGGGCCAAGAAGUACGGAUACCCUCCUAUGCCCUUUGACGGCUGCUUGUUUGGUAGCCGCAUGAUGGUAGCCAAGGAGGCCCACACCAGCAAGAACGCCAAGCAGGCCAUUAUCGACGCUCCCGGUCUUGACGAUGGAGAGUGGGAGAAGACCUACAAGGGCCCUGCUGGUGGUGUCAUCACCGUGCGCUCCGAAAUGGGCGAGCCAAUUCACAAGCUGGCCACUCGCGGUGUCAAGUUCUGGGCGGAGAUGGACCAGAAGAUCUUCAACAUCCCCAAGGAGAAGCGAGUUGCUGAGUUGAAGAAGAACCGAGACUACAUCAUCAAGAAGCUGAACGACGACUUCCAAAAGGUCUGGUUCGGUUGCAACAAGGAUGGCAAGGCUGUGGACCUCGAGGACAUGACCUACGCAGAGGUUGUUCGCCGCCUGGUUGAGCUCCUUUACGUCAAGCACCAGUCUCGAUGGAUCGAUGGAUCCUACACUCGUCUGACUGGUGACUUCAUCCACCGAGUCGAGGAGCGAUUCACCACCAAGUCUGGCCAGCCUUCUCUUCUCCAGAGCUACGCCGACCUUGAGGAGCCUUACAGCGCUGUUGAUAGAAUCCUUGCCAGCUACCCCGAGGCUGAGCACCAGAUCAUCAACGCACAGGACGUUCAAUACUUCCUCAUCCUCUGCCUGCGACCUGGCCAGAAGCCUGUCACUUUCAUCCCCGCCCUUGACGAGAACUUUGAGUUCUACUUCAAGAAGGAUUCCCUGUGGCAGUCUGAAGACCUUGACGCGGUCAUUGGCCAGGAUGUUGGCCGAACCUGUAUUCUCCAGGGCCCUACCGCCGCCAAGUUCUCUACUGUCAUUGAUGAGCCCAUCCAGGACAUUCUUGACAACAUUCACAACUCCCACAUUGCGUCUUUGACCAAGGACUUCUACAACGACGAUGAGACCACUAUUCCUUCCAUCGAGUACUUUGGUGGCAAGCUUGUUGAGACGGAGAUUCCUCUUGAUGUUGAGGGCCUCACCGUCAGCUAUGACACUCACAAGAACACCUACCGCCUUGCUUCAUCUCCUGCCAGCGCCAUGCCCUCGCUUGAUUCUUGGCUGUCUCUGCUUGCGGGACCCAAGCGCAACUGGAGACAUGCUCUUCUCAUGUCGGACGUCGUCGCGCAGGGCCAGAAGUUCCAGACGAACCCCAUUCGACGCAUCUUUGCCCCUGUCCAUGGCCUGUUCGUUGAGAUUGAGUACCCCAACGAGCCCUCCAAGACCACUAUUGUCGUCAAGGAGCAGCCAAGACACAACCAGUACGUGGAUGUUAUUGAGGUCAAGCUGAACGGCGAAAACGAGAUCCUCAUCAACAUGAUCAAGGAAACCACCGCUCUGGGAACUCCUGUUGCGCUGCCUCUGAAGUUCACUUACCACCCUGAUGCUGGAUACGCACCCAUCCGUGAAGUCAUGGAGGGUCGCAACGACCGCAUCAAGGAGUUCUACUGGAAGGCUUGGUUCGGCAAUGAUGCCCUGGACCUCGAUGCUAUGGUCACGAGCAAGUUUGACGGAGGCAGCACCACCAUCACGGCCGAAGCCAUCAACGACUUCGUUCAUGCCGUUGGCAACACCGGUGAGGCUUUCGUCAACCGACCCGGCAAGAUUAUGUAUGCCCCCAUGGACUUUGCCAUCGUGCUUGGAUGGAAGGCCAUCACGAAGCCCAUCUUCCCUCGCACCAUUGAUGGUGACCUUCUGAAGCUGGUGCAUCUGUCCAACGGCUUCCGCAUGAUCCCUGGCGCCGAGCCGCUCAAGAUGGGCGACGAGGUGACGACCACGGCUCAGAUCAACGCCGUCAUCAACCAGGAGUCGGGUAAGAUGGUUGAGGUUUGCGGCACCAUCACCCGAGACGGCAAGCCGGUCAUGGAGGUCACCUCUCAGUUCUUGUACCGUGGUGCUUACACGGAUUACGAGAACACCUUCCAGCGCAAGGAUGAGACACCCGUCCAGGUGCACCUGGCGACCACCAAGGAUGUGGCCGUGCUGCGAUCCAAGCAGUGGUUUACCCUCGACGAGAUCCCUAACGAGAUCAACCUGCUGGGCCAGACCCUGACAUUCCGUCUGCAGAGCUUGGUGCGCUUCAAGAACAAGAGCGUCUUCAGCAGCGUCGAAACUCGUGGCCAGGUUCUGUUGGAGCUUCCCACGAAGGAGGUCAUCCAGGUCGCCAGCGUAGACUACGAGGCCGGUGAGUCUCACGGCAACCCCGUGAUUGACUACCUUGAGCGCCACGGUACUCUGCUGGACCAGCCGAUCAACUUUGAGAAUGCCAUUCCCCUGAGCGGCAGAACUCCCCUGCAGCUCCGAGCACCCGCUUCCAACGAGACAUACGCACGUGUGUCGGGCGAUUACAACCCCAUCCACGUGUCCCGCGUCUUCUCGGAGUAUGCCAACCUUCCUGGCACCAUCACCCACGGCAUGUACAGCAGUGCCGCCGUCCGAAGCCUGGUUGAAACCUGGGCUGCCGAGAACGACGUUGGCCGAGUCCGUAGCUUCCACGCUUCCUUGGUCGGCAUGGUCCUUCCCAACGACGCCAUCCAGGUCAAGCUGCAGCACGUGGGUAUGGUGACGGGCCGCAAGAUUAUCAAGCUCGAGGCCAUCAACGCCGAGACGGAGGAGAAGAUUCUGCUUGGCGAGGCCGAGGUGGAGCAGCCUGUGACUGCCUAUGUCUUUACUGGACAGGGUUCGCAGGAGCAAGGUAUGGGUAUGGAUCUCUAUGGCAGCAGCCCUGUUGCCAAGGAGGUUUGGGACCGUGCCGACAAGUACCUGCUCGACAACUAUGGUUUCUCCAUCACCAACAUUGUCAAGAACAACCCCAAGGAGCUCACUGUGCACUUUGGUGGUCCUCGUGGUAAGGCUAUUCGCCAGAACUACAUGGCCAUGACCUUUGAGACUGUGGCCGCCGACGGCACUGUCAAGUCGGAGAGAAUCUUCAAGGACAUUGACGAGAAGACGGCUUCCUACACUUACAGGUCGCCCACCGGUCUCCUGUCGGCAACGCAGUUUACCCAGCCUGCCUUGACGCUGAUGGAAAAGGCCAGUUUCGAGGACAUGAAGUCCAAGGGACUUGUUCCCCGAGACAGCACCUUUGCCGGACACUCUCUUGGUGAAUACUCAGCCCUGGCUGCCCUGGCUGACGUCAUGCCCAUUGAGAGUCUGGUCUCGGUCGUUUUCUACCGUGGUCUGACGAUGCAGGUUGCUGUCGAGCGUGAUGCCUCUGGUCGCUCCAACUACUCCAUGUGUGCCGUCAACCCCAGCCGUAUCUCCAAGACAUUCAACGAGGAGGCGCUUCAGUUUGUCGUGAACAACAUCUCGGAAGAGACUGGCUGGCUGCUGGAGAUUGUCAACUACAACAUUGCCAACAUGCAGUACGUAUGCGCUGGUGAUCUGCGUGCUCUCGAUACUCUUGGAGGAGUUACCAACUUCCUCAAGAUGCAGAAGAUUGAUGUUGAGGAGAUGCGCAGCAACAUUGAGGAGGCCAAGGGUGCUCUGCGCGAGAUUAUCCGCGGAUGCGCUGAGGCAACUCUCAAGAAGCCUCUGCCUCUUGAGCUGGAGCGAGGCUUUGCCACCAUCCCGCUCCGAGGUAUCGACGUGCCUUUCCACUCCACCUUCUUGCGCUCUGGUGUCAAGCCCUUCCGAUCCUUCUUGCUCAAGAAGAUCCACAAGACGACGAUUGACCCGUCCAAGCUGGUGGGCAAGUACAUCCCCAACGUGACGGCCAAGCCUUUUGCCCUCACCAAGGAGUAUUUUGAGGAUGUGUACAAGUUAACCAACUCUCCCAAGAUUGGAGCAGUCCUGGCCAACUGGGACAAGUAUGUCCAGGAUGAGGAGUCGACUGGAAGCGAGAGUGGCGGUAGUGCCGAUCACGAGGGUGCUGGACUGGCUGCUUAA